AAAAGCAGGCAAGCAUUAAUCUUAGUUGGAAAGUCAAUCUUAAAGAAAAGGUAGCCCUAGUUGUCAGCGACCUCAGCCUGUCUGGGCAAGGCCCGCGGCGGCCGUAGGGAACCUCAAUGUCACCGAGUUCGGGAGGGGACGACUGGCGGAGGAACUGCGGCUGUCACGGCACGCGCACGGUCCGCAGCGGCGCUUCGCUCCACGCACCGUCAGCCCGGAUUCCCCAGACGCCGCCGGCAAAAGCGGCUGCCGCUUCAGGGCAGCUUCCUUUCUCUGGCUGGGCCCUCCAGGACAUAAGUCGCCGGGAGUACUCCUCUCUUCCCUCAUCCAAACGUCGCAGGCGCACAGGACAGUGGCCUUCCGCGAGGAGCAACCACACCCCUUCCCGUCACCGCUAUUCCAGUCCGCAUGGUAGGGAGAGCACGUCACUUCCGGUUCCUUUUAAAGGCCCCACGGUGUGCGGCUCCGCGCGUGCGAGGAAGGUAAAAAAGGGAGUGAGAGGGCGGGACCGAGGAGAAAGAGGGUGGUCCGCGGCGGCGCCAUUAAAGCGAGGAGGAGGCAAGAGUGGCCGCCGCUGCUUCUUAUUCUUUUUUAGUGCAGCCAGAGAUAGUGGGAGUGCGCGCCGCACGAGAGUGGGAGGCGAGGGGGGCAGGCCAGGGAGAGGCGCAGGAGCCUUUGCAGCCACGCGCACGCCUUCUCUGUCUUGUGUGCUUCGCGAGGUAGAGCGGGCGCGCGGCAGCGGCGGGGAUUACUUUGCUGCUAGUUUCGGUUCGCGGCAGCGGCGGGUGUAG